CCAAGCAGAGAGGGUGCGUGGUGCGCUCGUUUCUCAUAUCGACUCUCUGACUCUCAGGAUGCGCGUCUAUUACCCGUUUCUACUGGGCUUUGUAGCGGUGGCUGCAGUGGAACUGCAUGACGCCGUCUGCCAGACGCAGCCAGUGAAGGUGGAAGAAGGCGGUGAUGUAACUCUACACUGUCACCUGAGUCCAUCCUUCGAUGUGACUGGUCACACAGUAGAGUGGAUGAGAGUGGAUCUCAACCAGGUCGUCCAUCUGUACAGACACAGGAAGGAUGACACCAGUUCACAGAUGGAUCAGUACAGAAACCGGACCAAGCUCAACCAUCAGAACCUGAGCAGAGGAAUCCUGGACCUGCAUAUUACCUCAGUUCACCUGUCUGACAGUGGAGAGUACAGAUGCCAUGUCCCAACACUGUCAGCGAGGUGCACCCAGACCCUCACUGUGGAACGAGAUGAACAUGAUUCCAGGACAACCAAACCUCUAAAAGCGAUGGAGCCUCAGACCCCUGAUGCGUCGGCCGCUGAACCAGUGAAGGUCCCUGCUGUCAUCUGUGUCUCCAUCGCUGCUUUCAUCGUCCUGACUUAGGAAACAUGAGGAUCGAUCCGUAAGUUAGAAACACUCCUGCAUUUGAAACCACAGAGCAGAGCACAGACGUUUUAUUACAUUAAAGUUCAGGUUUUUACCACACUGCUGCUGUGGUCUUACUGGUUUUUGUUGAAGGGGAAACCAGAACAACUUUCUCAAACUGAGGUUCUUUCCCACAGGUCACUGUUCAGAGAAGAAGGAGAUGGUGACAGAUGAAUGAUGAACAUAAACUGCUAAGUGAUUCAUUAAAAAACUGGACAAACUGGAUCAUCACAUAGUGAGGAACAAGGUGAAGGAAACAGUUUAUAGCAGGUACCAGUGAAUUCCAGCCAGGAUUUGUCAGGGAUUUUAUACAAACAAACUGACUGUGACGCUUUCAUUUACUUUACUCUUUAUAUUAUUUUACUUUAAGUCAUUAUGAGCAAUUCAAAUCAGUGUAAUCAAAGUUAUGAUUAUUGUAGAUCAGGACAUUUAAAUAUUUUAUAAACAUUGUCCUAAAUCUUUGCUUUUUUGCUACCUUUUGUCAGUUACUUGUCAUGUGUGUUAAUGUAUGACAUUAUAAACACAACAAAAGACCAGAAAUCUGUAGAUAUUUUGUUCUGACUGGUUAAUUAUGACUAGUUACUAAACUAUUACACAGUUCAGCAAUAAUUACAAAUCCUUUGAAAUUAAAAAGCUAGUCAGCUUUUUCAUGAUUGUCAACAAUGCACCAUGGUCAACUUUUUAAUCUUCCUGUCAACUGCCCAAUUCAUGUAACAAAAGCAGCCGUUCACACAGCCGAUCGAUUGAACACCCGGCCAGUUUCCUAGUUAUGACCAGAAAAGUCAGUACUCCUAGUGUUUAAAGGUAACAGCUGGUCUGCUGCUGGUUGUUUUGUAUUAGUUGUGUUUUAUUAGUGUCUGUGUCUCACUCUUGCCUGUUUGAAUUAACUUAAAUAAAAAUAAUUGGUUUAAA